CUCCCACAAUGCACCGCUGACACCGCCUGGGGAGGCAGGGAGGAGAACAACGGGAGAGCUAGGUGAAUCUGAACAAAGCUUCUGUUUACUGAACAGGAUUACAAUUAAAAGGGUUUAGGGUAGCUUUUGUUCAUGUACGAGACAAUUGGAUAGUUAAGGACGGAAACAGCGGUGAGAUAUCCUCUCCUAGCGGCAGCUGGUGGCGGUGUUUGGUAGCCUCAGCUGGCCGGGUUAGCUGCAUCGGACUGACCGGGGAAAGCUGCGCGAAAAUCGGCUGUGAGCAUCAGACAACAACCCCAACACCACCAGACAAAGAAGAAAGAAGAUGAAAAGUUUGAGUUCAGUUUUAUACAUGUAAUAGGGUCUGUUGUUUUGUAGAGGAAGCUUCUUGGUAGUUAGUUUCACGAGCAUAGCUAUCUAACUUUAGCUAUUAUUAAGCCACCUCAGGCUAACAUCUGUAAGUCUUGGAUCCGGGUAGCAUCAGCUAACAGCGAGCACCAAACAAUGAGCUCUGAGGAGGCUGCAGCGUCCACCAAAGCCACCGUGGACGACGAUGGCAUGACAUGGUGGUACCGAUGGCUCUGCAAAAUAGCAGGCGUUUUGGGAGGAAUAUGUAAGUAGUUGUCAAAGUUAUCAUCUUAUCUUUUCUAUUGUAUCAUGAGCAGUGGACGACCGAUAUCGGAAUUACAGAGGCUGAUGCCGAUACUCGGAGAGCAGGUCAGCUGAAGGCCGAUGUAUAAUGCUGAUAUCACGUUUAUGUUUUUGCACCUGACAAAAUACACGCAUGAAAAUACAACUUUAUUUACUGCCUGUUAGGGCUGGGCAAAAAGGGAAAAAGUUUAUCAUGAUGUGUUUUUUUCAUAUCAGUCAAUAUUGAUAUGUAUCACUAGGCCUGGGUGAUUUGGUUUAAAAGACGAUCAAAAUAUAUUUUGUCAUAUCGUCCCAUCUCGAGUAUUAUUAUGAUUUUUUUAAACUGCCAGUUUUAAAGCAUCUGUACUAAAAACGAAAGAAACUAGAUAUCAGUUAAUUAUUUUAUUAAUGUACAAAGUAAAUAACAAAGCAAAUUGAAUAUGAUACACUUGGAAAAAUAUAAAAAACAUUUUAACUCAACAUACAACAAAAGUAGAUGAAUACUAGAUAUUACAGUGAACUAGUGUUUUUGCAGGUAUGCAAGAUCCAAAAUAAACAAAACGCCCCCUCAGCGAUAAAAAAGACGCCUUAAAAUGUAAACAUUAGAUGAUGUAAACGUAGAUGAUACCAGUAAUUGCUGCUAUGGUCUGGUGACUGCACUGCUAGUUGUAGCUAAACUGCUAAUGCUACUCAUACUGUCAGCAGUGACAGACUGUGCAGACUCCGCUAGCAUUUCAUGCUUUCUGCAUAAUCAAUCGGGACGAACUUCUUCAAAUGAUUUAACACAUCUAUUGUGUUGCCAAUUCUUGAGGGCACCGACCUCCGACAUACCUUACACAUCGGCUUAAUUGCUUGACAUCACUUUGGAGAUACCCGAACCACUGCCACACAACUGACAUUGACUAACUUUUUUUCACUAGAAUGUCAUCUUUGGAGGAUGACUCAAAGCAAUGGCUGACAUAUAUUUUGCUGCUCUCGACUCCGCGUUUAGCUCCACGUUCGUUUAGCUCUUCAUUCUGUUUACUUCUCCUGUUUACUUCUCUGGCAACUUACAGAAGUGAGCAGGAAAAGCUCGACUCUGAUUGGCUGUUGGGACGCACAUUUCUGCUAUGUUUGAUUGAGUAAAUAUGCUCACAGCUGAUCAUCGUGAUUGAACUGAAAUUUAUCACGAUUAUUGUUAACGAUCAUAUAAUCACCCAGUCCUAUGUAUCACGAUGGAAAAAUAAAAGGACUUGUCAAUCUUAAUUGUUCCCUGUUACUCUUAAUAAAAUUUGAUAUGUACUCGACAUAAUUUGCAGUGCACAUUACUCUGCUUCAUGUCCAACCUCAAAAAAAAAAAAAAAUACCUCCUCACCACCGACGUUUUCUCGCCAGUGUUGUCAACGAUGGCUUCACGUGUUGAAGUGCUAUGGUUGUGUGUAGCUGCAGGGUCCAUGUAUUAUCCGUCCAUUCAAUUAUUCCAUUCAAUCUAGUAAACAAAAAAAUGAAAAAAUGAGUCAAUAUUUUGUUUGUUUUUCUAUAUAACUAAAAAAAAAAAUUAGUGUUUGUUUUCAUAUUUUCAGUUCAAAACAGAAUAUAUAAUAGAGAUGGAAAUGAAAACAAAAUAAUACAUCUACUUUUCGUUUUCGGGUUAUUGAUGUCCUCAUUUCCCAUGGGGCCUUUCUACUGUUCGCACAUGUGCAUUGUGCAACAAAGUAGCCAACAACAUUGACCAAAAACUCCAGGCCAGAGUGGUAGAGAAAGGCUAACCUGCUGUCAUGGAGAUGGACGCACCCUAUGUAUUAUCCAGAGCCGCCAGGAGGGUCACGCUGAAAGAGGAACACAUGACUGUAGAAAAAAUUACUACCAGAGCUCUGUUACAACGUAAGCUUUUGGCGCUCUGUCGCAUCUUUCGCCAUGGUAACUGUCACUGAGAAUCAUGGGAAGGCCAAUGUAGCCUCCAUGCACGUAUGCUCAAAACAGGCGCACUCCAAAUCAAUAAUUGUAAAUAAGAUUUAUUAUUUUGUUUUCGUUUCCUUCUCUGCUACAUAUUCUGUUUUUACCUGAAAAUAUGAAAACAAACACUAAUUUUUUAUUGUUUGGUUAUACAGAAAAACAAAUAAACAGGAUAUUGACUGAUUUUUUUCGUUUUUCGUUUACUAGAUUGAAUGAAAUAAUUGAAUGGACUGAUAAUACAUGGACCCUGCAACCUGCUACUAUGCAGAUAUUUGCUACUUGGUUGUAAUUCAGCACAAUUGGUUUAGUGCGGCACGACCAAGAUCAACUCCCCUUUUCGACGGUAUAGUCUACCAAAACACGGCAGAAUGCCUGUUAUCCAAAAGUACAUUGACCAUGUUUCAUAUCGGGGGAAAUUAAUUUUUUGAUAUCAUUAUCGUUUAAUCGCCCAGCCCGACUGCCUGUCAAUAUACCAUCUAUUAAAUGACCCGAACCUGCCUGUAGUGUCUGCAGAUAUUAUUUGUUAAUCUUUUAAUCUGCAUCUUGACUGAUAAUUCCAAAUUGCUGUUAUUUUCUGCAAGCCCAUUAAUAAAUAUGCUUUUGAUUAUAGGUAAAUGAUUAAUAGUCUGUAACAAAGUCUUCUAUAGUUCCCUUAUAUAAAUGGCUUCAUGAUGCACCAGCCUUAAACAACAUUUAGCAUGAUUUUGUGCACUUUGCUGCAAUUUACACCUUAAAUAAUAGAUUUUAGCAGUCUGUACCCUUUUUUUAGUCCCUCAUAAUAUAAGGAUAAGGGGUGGUUUGGGGUGCUUUAAAUCCAUUGUAAUUGUUUGCUCAGGUUAGACCAAAGCUGUCAACGCCCAUUUUACCCUCACUGUUAAGCAUUGGUGCUCCUAUUUUUCCUCUCUCUUAUUCAUGAGUUUUAUUUCUAAACGAACUCAAUGAUGAGAUCGCACUCUUUCCUACUGCAAGUGUUUUUCUCCCUGCAAGAGUGUGAGUGAGUGUGAUUGUGACUGCUGCUGGCUUUGCACUUUUCCAGCAGCAUUGCAGCUCCCUCCUCCACAGUGACACCAGAGUCACUUUGCCUGUAUCACAUUCACCACCUAGAGCACUGCAUAUUCAAUGUGGCUCUGUAUUAUUAAGGAGGCUGCACGGUCCAAAGGAGCAGGAUAUGCUACCUGGCUCUUCCACUGUUUGUGCGGCCUAUCUGUGCUGACAGUUCACAGUGACACUUGGCAUAUUUGCUCAUGUCUUUCACUGUGACGUUCGAACUGAAACUGCUGUGAGUGUGCGUUGACUCUUAAAGACAUAGGAUUGUCUCAUUCAGCAUAAGGGAUUGGACUGGCUUUGAAAAGUUCUAUAACACCAGAUAGUUUUGCAUUAUAGUUGAAUAUCAAUCCAUGUGUUCCUUAGAAAUGCAAUAUAGUUAUAUAAAUAAAUGGUUUAUAAUUGAGCUUUGUAAAUAUAUAAAGGUUUUCCUUAAGAAGUCAGCUCCAAACAUGCAUUUAUUCCAGCCUUCCUUUCACACAUCUAUAUUGGUUUUGUACUUCAGGUUUGACCGGACAAACUAUGUCAGUAUUUUAGCUUAAGCUCUGUGAAAUGUCAGCAGUAACUAACUUCCUAAUGUUGUGCAAACUGAACCAUUUAUCAUAAAACUGACAGGCAGAUUUACUGAAAACUCAAACUAUUCAGAAUAUCAGCCUUAACAUGUCCUGUUCGUGUGUGUGUCAUUGAGCCAGGAUACAAAAUACAACAAAGCCGAUAGUACCUAAAGGGGACACACCCUUAUUGGCUGUACCCAUCAUUAAUCUCAUUAGAUCAGUAAGUGUUUGGCCAGACAAACUCAGUCUGUUGUUCGUUGUUUGUAAUCUGCAGACUCUGCAUGUAGAAGGGGUUUGAUAUUUCCAGAAAAACUGAUUUUUUUUUUUACUUCUUUGCAGUAUGUUACUGUCCAUACAAUAUUGUUUUUUCAUACUUCAAGGCCGAUUGUUGUUUAAGAGCCUCUGUGUUGAUUGCCUUAUCUCACACUCUCUAUACUGUGUGAUGCUUCUCAUGUUAAAUUACAGCCUUUAAAAUAAUAUUAACAUGAUUUUUACAGCCUCCCCACAACAUUGUGAAAAUCAGCAGUUUAAUUAACAGUGAACCUGUGCGUGUUAAUAUUCCUGGAGCUAACCUUAUAUUGCAGUGUGCACAAAAUUCAGACAGGGGGUAGUCAAACAUUUGGUAGACGCAGCUUCCAUUUGUCCAGUGUGUGAAACACAGGAAUAAGCAUACAGACCAUAAUAAAUGGUUAAAAACUGUCUGGACCAGUAAGAAUGAGCGUCAGAGUAAUUUAUGUUAAGACUAGACUAAGCAGGUUUUAUAAUCACCGAUAGAUUAAGAUAUACUUCUGCGUUUCUUGAUGUCUUUCAGAGAUGGAUUUGCUAGGGGAAAAAAUCAAUAAAAAUUAUGUUCUGGUGUGAUUUUUCAAUUCCAUGUCUGCAUAUCCAUUUGGUUAAUACUUAAUCAGGUAUUUAUUGUUGAUUUACUUGUGUUGUUACUUCUACACCUUCAAUUUUAAUCAAGUAGUAACGGAAAAACUGAGCUUAAUUUUUAAACAUAUACACACAGUUGUUUCCAUAAUGUUUUAACCUUCACAAAAAUUGUAAAUAGAUUUCCUAAAUGAAUGGUAAAGCCAGAUUUUUUAUAUAUAAUGGCACAAACUGUGAGAUUUGUAAUCAUGUUAAUCACUUUUUUUCUUUGUUUUUGUUUUUUUAUCAUGCAGCCUGUGCGGUCUCCGGAGUGUGGAACUGCGUAACUGUGAACCCUUUAAAUAUCGCUGCAGGAGUGUGGAUGGUGUAAGUCUGUUACACUUUCCUCAUGGAACAUGCAUAUUUUUUUGCCAAAGUACAUGACAUUUGUUAACUCUUUUUGUAUACAGGAAUAAAAUAAUUUCUCUCUGCAGUACAAAUUGCUGUAUUUCAACAUCAUGAGUCUUUGUGUUUCGGGUUAAAAUUAGAUCCAUUCAGCUUUCAGGGUUGAGCAGCAUAAAGAGAGUGUUGUUUUUAACAGCCUGACGAUCAUUUAAUCUGCUAAAAAGACAAUACUCUGACUGUUAUGCUGCAGUUUAGCCCAGAUAUCACAGACGCACACAGAUGUAAAUUAUUUCCAGUUAACUGUUAGCACGCAAACUGAAAAAUAACUAAAGCUUUUGACAACUGUUGGAGUUUUACAGCUUAGAUGAUCUGAUGUUGUAACAGGGCCCGUGUCUCAUGUGCUACACUUGAUUUGCCCGUGCGUUUACAUUCCUUCUUAAAGUAUAACCUUACAAUAGGAGUGAGCUGUAGUCUCCUGUAUCAUGUGGCCACACCUGCAUCUAAAGUGACACAGGUGUAGAGAAAUCGUUCUCAUGAAAAUGUCGAGCCAAAAAUGGCUUUGAUUUGCUCAAGAUACUAUUGUGACAAUUUUUUUUCUCUCCUUACAAGAAAAAAGUUCUGAUCGCAUUGAAAGCUUAGUCAGUAGUCAGCUUGAAACACACAUGAAUUUACAGUCCAGCCUGUCUGCUGCUUUUUCAUUUUGUUCAACCUUGAAUCCAAGGAUUCUUCCAAAGCUAAACUAGGUAGUUAUUUAAACUGCUGGUUGAUUCGCAGGCAAUGAAUUAACCUGGAAAGAUUUGAUAGAUAUGUGGUAUUUGAAAAAAAAAUGUAAAAGAAACACAGGAGCUUCUUAUACAAGAAUAAAUAACUCAUCUUUCUCACAUGAUUUUAGGUUAUUUUUUGGAGGAUUUCACAAAAUGAGAAAUGUCUAACUCAAAUAGAUGGGUUUUUUUGUGUACAAACAACACUAGAUGUGCGUGCAACCAGGGGGCAAAAGCCUGCUUUGGAGUGAACUGAUAUCAAUGAAGAUGCCGUAUUGUUUGCAAGUUCUCCCUGACACAAUUGCAAUAAAAUGUCAUUUCAUUGAAAAAUCGCUUUGUCUUUCAUUGCAUCAAAAUCAGAAAAACACUUGCUGAAAUGUCCAUGAAUUUCACUCAAUUUAACAUGUUGUGACGUUGUUUUAGAUGUUCUAAUAUCAGGAGCAGGGUCGUAAUGUUUGCCAAUUGUUUGUUUUGCCAAUUCGUGCAGUUUACAGCACAACGGAUCCUUGUCAUUUUUUUCUUCGUUGACUCCGCCAGUAAGCAAAUGAGAAAUGUCCUGCUUUGCUGCCCCCUGACUCUGCACGCAUACCUGCAACGACGUUGCACAGAAACCCGUCUAUAGGAAUCAAUUCAAAAUCAUUGACAAAUAAGCAAGAAACUACAUCUGUGUUAGUGAGAUUAUUUGGCAGUUGUUUACGUACUCUCCUGUCUUUUGAGUAUAGUUUUCAGAUAAGCCAUAUGCUGGUUUCUACUUUACAAACAAACUUAAGUUAAAUGUGCAUAAGAUUCAGAAAACAUUACUGUUUAUUGCCAAAGGGGCCGCUAAAAAAGAACAAACUUGAAAUCUUCAGCAUCCUUGAACUCACAGGCUAAAUUCCACCAAUGUACUCACUGUUAUCUUAUAAAUACUGAUUGAUCUUCUGAUUGAUCAAAACUACAUCAUGGGUCAGCAGGUCUGUCCCACUGCUUUGAAGCAGAGCUGUACAAGAUUCACAGUUUGAUUCACUGCUCUGUUUGUGUCCAUUCCUCUCAAGGUUGAACGCCUUCGUGCUGUUUCUAUGUGAAGUCCCAUUCUGCUGCCAGUUUAUAGAGUUUGCUAAUGCAAUAGCAGCCCGCGCGGACAAACUCAAGCCUUGGCAGAAAGCCAUCUUCUACUGCGGGUGAGCACAACUGUGCAUUGUUCGCUUUUUGUGUCAUGGAAAGUCUGAAAGUUUUGGGACAUUAAAUUUCUGAUAGUUAUUAACAUUGUAGAGAUAUACUUUGUAUCUACAGUACAGCAUGUGUUUCAUACGACUUAUCACAGUUUUUUUUUUGUCUUUUUCUCUGUUUUUUUUUUUUUUUUCAGGAUGGCUCUCUUUCCCAUUUUUUUGAGUUUCUCCUUUACAACUUUAUUUGGAAAUGCCAUCGCCUUUGCUACUGGAGUGCUGUACGGCCUCGCAUCUCUGGGCAAAAAGUAAGACAGACAUCUGUUUGCUCAUAACUUGUAAUAGAUGCUAUAAAAGUUUGUUUAAAAAUGGUGAUAUAUGUCCUUAAUUUGAACUAAAUUUCAGUGUGUUUUUGGAGAAAUGUUGAAUUUUUUGUCAUAACUCGUAUACUUUUAUGUCUCCCCCCCAUAUAUCGUAAAACAGGCUCUCCUAUUAAAUGCAGCUCUUCACUUUAUUACCAGUUAACAAGCUUGGAAGUCUAACAGCGUUAAUGAGCCUCUUAAUUUACUCAUAUUAACUUCUGACAAGGUGAUAACCUUCCAAUUAACACUGUCCUCUCCUCCCGUCAUACCCGCUUUUCCUUGUUUUUAUCCCCCUCCCCCUUCUUCAUAACUUCUUUUACUCUUCCUUUUCGCACCUUUCCCCCUUUUUUUCUUUUGUUUCCUCUCAGGGGAGACGCAGUGACUUAUGCCAGACUGCAGCAUCAGAAACAGGGGGAUGAAGAGAGGAUGACAGGAACAACAAACGGGGCUCCAGAGUGAAGCGUCUGCCUUUUCUACCCUCCUGUUCGUCUCUUUUCCUUCAGUUCACAUGAUUUUCCUCCACGUCCCUUUCCCUUUUCUCUCUCCAUCACUACAUAACAACGGUACUGGAUUUAUUUAUUCAACUAAACCGCUGCAUUCUUAUUGUCCUGAACCUUAUGGUAACCAAACAGAUUGACGUUGGAUUCAGCCCACUGUUUGUUAAACGGCAUGUGAACCUUAUUGUGAUUUGAUGAUACUGAUUGUAAGUUUUUUUUGGUUGUAUGUUACAGUCCUUCUUAUUUGUUGUAUUUAUUAGUUUAACCCUUUGUUGCUGCCAGUUUAAAAACCUGUUUGUGCAGGAAAAUGUGAGGUACGUCUUUUAAGCCUAAGAGCCUUCCUUCAGGACUUCUGAACAGAAUUUAAUGUGAUUGUAAAAUGUAAAUAAUUGAUGUCAGGUUAUUCAGAGCGAGGCUGUGCUUCAGCACUGUCUGAUUUGGAGAGUACAGUGAGUAAAGAAAAGUCUUAAAGAUUGUUUGAUUCCCAGAGUUUGGGAAGGACCUAUUUCAAGUGUGUAAACGUUGCACAAAAGGAAAAAAAAUCAGUAUUUGCAGCAAAUGUAAAAAAAAAAACUAACAUUAGCUAAAAUAAUGCUGCAAAAAACUGCGUUUCCAGUUGUAGUUGGGAGUGUUAUUAGAAUUUGUUGCUUAAAAAUUAGGCACCUAGAAAAACUUUACAUUAAUAACAGAUAUAGGAGUUUGUUAGGCUACGUUCACACUGCAGGUUAUGAUGCACAAUUCUGAUUUUCUGUCAAAUGCAUCUUUUUGUGCGGUCGUUCACAUUACAACAAUGAAUACGGCAUCUUAUGUGAACGGAAUGCGUCCGUGAAGUGACCCACAUGCGCACAAAGCACAAAUUGCUUUCAGCGGCUGUUUGUGUUGUCAAACAAUGGUGAAGUUUGUCGCAUAUUGAUGACGUAUAGGUCGGAUGAACGUGACCGGAACAUCCACACUGCAGUCACAUCGGGUACAUGUCCAAUUUAUAUCCACAGACAAAAGAGGCCUGGGUCGGAUUUGAAAAAAUCUGAAUUGCACUGUUCACACUUAGAUGAAAAAAUCAGAUAUGUGUCACAUAUGGUUAAAAAAUCGGAAUUGACCUGCAGUAUGAACAUAGCCUUAGACUUGCUGUCUAAAUUUAUUUAAAGAGGGCCAGAUGAAUUGUUCUAUUGAUAAAAAAAAAGACUUUAAAAAUGAUCUUACAGUUACAGCACAAAACUGUGAAAAAAAAUCCUCAAAAGUUUCUUCUUAAAGCUCCUGUGAGGAACUCUCAGUUUGUUUUGCUCUGGCGCCCCCCUGUGGACUUCAUCCUCAUCUGCAUAAGUAGCACGUUUGCUCAAAAUUUUAAAAUUCAGUGUAUAAGACACAGUUUUAGUAACUUUCGUGUCAUCUAAAGUAAGUUGCGCUCUAUAUACCAACCAGUAUACCAGUAUUAAAUGCAAAGAGUGGUAUUUGGAUGUGAGAGGGUAUUUUACCAAGAAGAGGAAGCAACUGCUUGACUACACAAAGCAUGCUAGAUACAUAUCAAGGUGGACCAGUGCAGCUUUUUUCUUCACCAGCUUUCCCCUCAUUAGAUUAUUAUCAUGCACUUAAAAAAAACCUGCCAUAGGAUUAGUAAAUAAACUUUGCAGAAUGCUGCACAUAAUUGAAAAAAACUCCUCAACACAAGUGAACAACAUAAAGAGAUGGCAUUAGUGUUAGGAGAUGAGUCAUGGGCCAUCAGAGCCACCAUAGGCUAAGCAAAUGUACACUGAUGGUGCCCAGCAAGAUACUGAAAACAGAUGGUACCACACAGUCGCACAGAAACCUCACAUUGUUGACUUUGCUAAACAGAUUAGAUGUCUUUAUGUAGAACCACUGGUUGAAUCUUUAUUUUCUUAGAGACAUUGAAACAAAAUGCAUCUUAAACUUGCGUGAAUUAUACUCCCGUCAUCUUCUUGUUUACCUUUGUUUAUCGCAUAGAGGCAUUAAUAACUGUUUUCUGAAUAUCAAAAACUCCUCACAGGGGCUUCAAGUUAUUCUCCUUAUUCAACUCCUUUUCAGUAAACGCGCAGCAGAGGGCUAUUUCUUUUAUAUCUGUAGCUUUUGUGACGAUAGUUGUUUUAGGCUAGACCAACAGAAUAUGCUAGAGAGAAGCAAAUCAGAAAAAGACAGUACCAGGGGUUUUUGGUACUUAACUACUGGACCUGUUGCACAAGCUCAUUUCUGAAUUGCAACCUGAAUGCAUUUGCGAAAAAAAAAAAAACGAUCAGGCUUUGGGGAUGAUUUUUUAACAUUGGCGAAUGUAUCUGUUACACCCAAAGAUAAAGGUAGUUCAGUGUUGGUUUUUUAAUAAUUUGAUGUAUUUAUUUCUCAGUUGUUUUAAGCUCAGGCAUUCAUACACUAAACUUUUGGUAGCAUGGUAUAAAGGGAAUCCUUUCAACAGGUGGGAUAGCUUGUUUUCACAUCUUCCUCUCAUGAUCAAGUAGCCAGUAGCUAAAUAAUGACCACACGUAUUGUGUUACAAUGUGGGAUAAAAAACAGGAAUCAGUUCUCGAUACAGAACCUGUCAAAUAUAUUUUUUCUUUGAGAUUUUGUUACUUAUCUGCUUUAUUUAUCAUAAUUCUUAAUUUCUCACCAAAACAUGAAAUUGUAAUGAGAAGUGUCUUGAAUCAGGGACUAAUUGGUCUGUUUCCUACACAAUCGUCAGAGCCAUGGUUUGCCUUUGUCACUCAAAUGAGGUAUGCAGUGGUUACUAAUGUAUGAUUUGUGUUGUUUUGUUGCCUUGCCUUUGUUGUGUAAUUGUGGUAUUAAUAAGGAUGGUUUGGAAAUAACUUUUUACACGUACCUCUUACAGCUGUUCAAGUCUUUAACAUACAGCUCUCAGGUAUGAUUCGACGACACACAAAGUAGUUCAUGCUUAGAUCAUAGAUGUAAGACUUUUAUUUGAGGUGUUAGGAAAGCAUCUGUGAAGCUUUCUUCAUGUACACAACCAGCAUUUCUAAGUGAUGAAACACUACAUACACCAGCUGGACACUACAGCCUGAAACUGAUGUAUUAAAGCAUACACACUUUCACCCUUGUACACCAACAUCCACAUCCCGGUCCAUAUUUAUUUUCCUGCAGUGAUAGGAUUCCCAAUUUUUGAUUGAUUUUUCAUCUGUGAGUGCUGAGUGCGUAUUUUGCUGUAAGGGAUAUGUGUAUAAUGUGUGAUGCGAUAUGAAUCCUGUUGUCCAUUGGUGAAUUAAACAGACUUGCUUCUAUACUGUGGUAUUGGUGUUUUCUGCUUAUUUUGGGCCAUGCAUGUGAGACUACAGAGGAAUACAAAUACAAAACCCAAUUCCAUUGGAGUUGGGAAAUUGUGAUAAACGUAAAUAAAAACUGAAUACAAUGAUUAGCAAGUCCUUUUCAACCUAUAUUCAAUUGAAUACACUACGAAGACAAGAUAUUUAAUGUUCAAACUCAUAAACUUAAGGGUUUUUUUUUCAAAUAAUCAUUAACUUUAGAAUUUGAUGGCUGCAACACGUGACAAAGAAGUUGGGAAAGGUGGCAAAUACGGAGAUACUGAUAAAUUUGAGGAAUGCUCAUCAAACACCUAUUUGGAACAUCCCACAGGUGAGCAGGCUAAUUGGGAACAGGUGGGUGCCAUGAUUGGGUAUAAAAGCAGCUUCCCCAAAAUUCUCAGUCAUUCACAAGCAAGGAUGGGGCGAGGUUCACUACUUUGUGAACAACUGCGUGAGAAAAUAGUUGAUCGUUUCUCAAAGUACAAUUGCAAGAAAUUUAGGGAUUUCAACAUCUAUGGUCCAUAAUAUCAUCAAAAGGUUCAGAGAAUCUGGAGAAAUCGCUGCACAUAAGCGGCACGGCUGGAAACCAACAUUGAAUGCCCCUGACCUUCGAUCCCUCAGGCGGCACCGUAUCAAAAAACCGACAUCAAUGUGUAAAGGAUAUCACCACAUGGGCUCAGGAACACUUCAGAAAACCACUGUUAGGUUAAAACUCUACUAUGAAAAGUGAAAGCCAUUUAUCAACAACAUCCAGAAACGCCGCCGGCUUCUCUGGGCCCGAGCUCAUCUAAGAUGGACUGAUGCAAAGUGGAAAAGUUUUCUGUGGUCUGACGAGUCCACAUUUCAGAUUGUUUUUGGAAAUAGUGGACAUCAUGUCCUCCGGGCCAAAGAGGAAAAGAACCAUCCGAACUGUAAUAGAUGCAAAGUUCAAAAGCCAGCAUCUGUGAUGGUAUGGGAGUGCAUUAGUGCCCAAGGCAUGGGUAACUUACACAUCUGUGAAGGCAACAUUAAUGCUGAAAGGUACAUACAGGUUUUGGAGCAACAUAUGCUGCCAUCCAAGCAACGUCUUUUUCAUGGACGCCCUUCUUGCUUAUUUCAGCAAGACAAUGCCAAGCCACAUUCUGCACGUGUUACAACAGUGUGGCUUCAUAGUAAAAGAGUGCGGGUACUCGACUGGCGUGCCUGCAGUCCAGACCUGUCUUCCAUUGAAAAAGUGUGGCACAUUAUGAAGCGUAAAAUACGUCAACGGAGACCCUGGACUGUUGAACAACUGAAGCUGUACAUCUAGCAAGAAUGGGAAAGAAUUCCACCUUCAAAGCUUCAACAAUUAGUCUCCUCAGUUCCCAAACGUUUAUUGAGUGUUGUUAAAGGAAAGGUGAUGUAACACAGUGGGAAACAUGCCCCUGUCCCAACUACUUUGUCAUGUGUUGCAGCCAUGAAAUUCUGAGUUGAUUAUUAUUUGCAAAAAAAUAUAUAUAUAUAAAGUUUAUGUGUUUGAACAUUAAAUAUCUUGUCUUUGUAGUGUAUCCAAUUGAAUAUAGGUUGCGAAAGAUUUGCCAGUCAUUGUAUUCUGUUUUUAUUUACGUUUAUCACAAUUUCCCAACUUGGGUUUUGCAGAAUGACAUGAAAACUACAUAACUGUGCUGCACAAUGUGAAAGUUAUACACAUGUCUCUGAUACCAGUGAUGGGGAAAGCCCUUUAAUAUAGCUAUAACCUCAUAACAAAGCUCAGCUGUCAUCACUUUUGUAAUUUUAUGUUGAUACAGCAAUUCCACAAAAUUGUUGUACGUGUAAACACAGCAGGCGCUUUAAGCAUAUACACACUCAGAUUUGCACACACACACAGUUGUUCCACUCUGCCCGCUGUUUGCAGUGAUCCCAUCACACACUUGUAUUGCAGUGGUAGGACAACCUAGUCCCAACAUUAUCCCUCUGAUAAACAUUGAUAUUGAAGGUUAUUGUGCAGGAGAGCAAAUACAAGGCCUUUAACUUUCUGUAUGAAUACACAGAUAUAGCAGAGAUGAAAGGGAUGUGAGGAGGUUGUCAGGUUUCUUUCUGUGCUAACAUCCAGAGGUAAGUGCAGGAGCAAAACAGGAAAAUAACAUAGUUAAUUUUUAUCAUCCUAGACGGCCUGAAAUAUUUCUGUUUCCUGUGUCCCAAAC